AUGGCCCCCCACGUAACCCCCACCACCAAACUACAAAUCAUCGGCGCCUUCAAACUCCUCCGUUUUCUGCGCAGUCGCCACCAGUUUCCACCGGGCACCAUCUCCAACAACGACAUCUUCCGCCUCUUCUCCGUCUCCCGCACCACGGGCUACCGCGUCCUCUCGGAAAUCACCGUCUCGCAGGACCUGACGGCUUCCGAACGCGCCGCUUUAGACGCCGAAACGGCCGCCGCCCUCGAAGAAGAGGAAAAUGCCCGCAUCGCAGAGAUCAUCAACAACCCGCGCGAGGAGACGAGGGGACGUAAGCGGAAACUAACGGAGCGGGAUGUGGAAGUGAUUGAGCACUGGUUGGAUCGGAAUGGGGGAAGGGGAGAGGUGAAAUGGAAGGAUGUUCCCGUGGCGGCGGGGUUGGGGGUCAUAUUGGGGAAAGAUGGAAAGGGGGUGGUGAGUGGGGUUACGGUUAAGAGGGCGUUGUCGGCCUGGAGAGAGAGGAAUAGGGAGGUGGAUGUGGAGGAUUGGACGAGGGCGAGGGGGGCGGGGGGACUGAGAGGGAGUGAGAAGGCGAGGGAACGGUGGGGACGGCCGAAGCAGGGGGAACAAGGGGAGGCAUCAGGUUUGGGAACUGGGGGUGGGGGUGAGAAUGGGAAUGAGGAUGGGAAUGGACAGGGCAUGGGAGAAAGGGAAGGGCCGUCGGAAAGUGAGAGUGAGAGUGAGGAUGAGAGUGUGGUGGAGACGGGGGCUGGGCCUUUGGAAGCUGGGACGGCAACGGCAACGGCAAGUGGAAGUGGAAGUGGAAGUGGAAGUGCUGCUAUAGCGCCAGCGACGACAACAACAGGAAACGGGGGUGAGAUCAUCAUGAAUGCGACGGGCGAAAGUCAGGCGCAUCAGCAGCAGCAGCAGCAAAACACCAAAAAGAGGCGAACGCAAACCGAACCACAAGGUCCCGAUCCCAAGUCCCUAUGGAAAAACCGAUGGGAAAUUGAAAGGGCCGCAAAGGAAGCUGAAGCGCGACGUCAGGCGGAGGCUAUGGCUGAGGCUAGAGCCCGGGCUAAGGCUCAAGCUGCCAAGGAACGAUAUCGUCUAACGCGUCAGAGGAAACGCCAGCAGCAGAAACUUGAGAGACAGCAGCAGCAGCAGCAGCAGCAGCAGCAGCAACAACAGCAAAGUCAAGUUCAAGCUCAGAACUUGCCUCCUCCUACUGCUCCCGUACCACAACAGCAGCAGCAGCAGCAGCAGCAGCACCAAUAUCCACAACAUCCACAACACCCACAACACCCACAACAACACCCACAACAACACCCACAACAACAGCAACAACAGAGACCAUACACAUCAAUGAGUUUCAUCCCUCUACCAACCUACGGACAGCAGCAGCAGCAACAAAACGGAGUCGCAAGUGCAAGUGGAAGUGCAAGUGGUAGCGGUAACGGAAGCGGAAGCGGAAGUGGAAGUGGACCUCCAAUAAGUAGUAAUGCAAACCAAAGCUUCAACAAUGGGGCUGUUGCUGGAAGUUGGAAUGGAAACGCCAGUGCUGUCGACGGACAGAGAACAGUAACUACUGGUGGUGGAGGAGAGGCGGAGGAUAUCAUGAUGCUUGGGAGACUUUCGGGGGUUUUGAGGUAG